AUGGUCGAACUCAUUAACCCACCGGAAACUCGCGAACUACUCCCUCCUCUCCUCGCAUGCCUCCCACUAGCCUUUGUCUCGCCUCGCGCACCUCCAGCUCUGUUACCACUCCUCUCCCCUAUUCUGCGCCAACGAGUCGGGGUUCUCAGUUCGCUAUCCACAUCUUCCACUGAGUCCUGGCUACAACUACUGUGUUGGGAUGCUGCAAAAGCAGAGCGUCUGCAGAGGUUAAUUGACGGCGCCACCUUUGAACCACACCCCGUAUCGGGCGAAAUCGAGCUUCCGGAUGAACUUCCGGUGACAUACAAACGGGUCGACGAUGAGACCCUCAAAGCACAAGUUCCACUCACAGACUACAGCUUGACAGUGGUCUAUUUAUGGUGCCCGACAGACGAGGAAGGAGGUGGUCGUGGCUGGCGAGUUGCAGAGCUUUUGCCACGGGAGGGACCUGCUGAGGAUGAGAAUACCUGGGCUUCUUCCAUCGGGGAGGCGAACAUUCAGGCAAAGGACAAACUGCUGGCUGAUACAUUAAAGGCUGCCGAAGAAGAGAAAGCCCAGGAGAACAUCGUGGAGAACGACGACGACGAUGAUUACUGGGCUCAGUACGACUCCACACCCGGAGCCAAGACCCCCGCACCGCGUCCCGAUCUAUCAAAGCCAGGUUCAUCCGGCUUAUCUGAGCAGUCAUAUUUCUCGCAGUACGGCGACGUGCAGCCGGCCAUGGAUAAUCAUGAUCCCACAGAGGAGCAACCGGAGGUUGGUCCGUCAUCCCUCAACGGAGAUAUGCUGGCCAAUCUAUUGCGACGACAGGUGAACGGGGUCAAUCCGGAGGAGCCUCGCACCAACGGAUAUUCUCCAGACCACAUGCCCAGUGAUAAGGCCGCGCAGGAUUUGAACCACCCGCGGCCGGCCUCUGCAUCUUCCGGUAGCUCUGAUGCUAUCGCAAAACUGGAAUACGAGGCAGAGAGCCAGUCCACCUACGAGGUGGGAGUGAAACAGCAUAUUGGUACGAGCAUCAAGAGUUUGUUCCGCUUGGCCAAGGCCACUGGAAUGCCCCGGGCAGAAUUCCAGGCAUUGGUCUCGAUGGAAUUGGAGCUUUUGAAUAUUUCAGAUGACGAUUAA